ACUUUUUAAGCACACAUCCAGUUUUUAAAUUUCUAAUUUUUGUCAAUGUUUUGCGCACCCUCCUGCCGUCUGCCGUACAGUAGAACGCUGCGUCUGCUGAGCUGCGAAGAGGAAACGCAGCCCAUACUUAAAUGCAGACAACUCAGUCUACACUGGCAUUCGGAGGAAAGGCGUUGGUGUCUACACAAUGGGAGCGUAUUAAGAGAGCUGGCCACAAUACUGAUGAAGCCAUUGCACCAAGUGUGCCGCUUCAUUUUCACGCUUACUAUGCGGAAGUUUGGCCAAAUUCUUAAUCCGAAAUGCUCCCAGUGGAACUAUUAUCGGGUACCUUUCGUACGGCCCGACACGUGUGCGCUCUAUGAUGGGAUUUUCGAUGUUGACGGCAAUCUACGCAAUCCCUUGCAUCCGUAUAUUCGUCAUUUAUUGGUAACGAUUCUAUACUACUUUCUGAAUAUGCCGUGCGGGGAAGCUAUACAGCCGCGUCGAAAGUCGGAAGGUGACAUUUUUGAUCGCAGGGGGGGGACGUGCAAAAACUUUUUUGAUAGAGGUAGUAUGACAGCGGGCCAAGCAGCGGCCUUCAAUCAGUUUAUGGCCGAAUCAACAUUUGGCUGUGGAUUUGAUGAUUCUAAACAGGAUAUGGAUGGCAAAGAUGGCCAAGCCGUCAGAGGUGGCAGAUCUGGCGACAGUGUCAUCGCUGGCAAAGGUGACAAAGAUGGCAGCGGCAGCAAAGAUGGCAAAGGUGGCACCGGUGGCAAAGAUGGCAAAGAUGGCAAGGAUGGCAAAGAUGGCAGCGGUGGCAAAGAUGGCAAGGGCGGCAAUAAGGGGAAAGGAUCGGGUAACGGCGAUGAUGAUUCUGAACGUCGUCGUCGCAAUAGGCAAAGCAUGAACGAAAUUUCCGAUUUGUACUCAAGUGUUGUGGAGAACAAACGCCCCGGCCAACUGGCAUCUAAGGGCAAGAAACCAACCAAACAACCCAAAUCUCGUCGUUACAUGGGAAAAGACAAUCGCCGUAUAAUGGGUCUAAUGCUGCCCGUAUUGAUGCAUGAACCGUUUGAUGAUUCGAAACCGUGGACUUGGGUCCGCCGGCAUCCGGCACAGGAACGCGUGCUCGAGGGUACAACUGUGGGCCGCGCCAAGGUGCAUCGUUAUAGGCGUAAAACUCUUGAGAUACAAUACCAAAACGCAAAUAAGCACUAUUCGGUGCACAGCUUAUAUUCGGUUGGACAUGACGGCUCAAUUGGCUCCACGGGCUACUUUGGCAAAGGCCACCACUAUAAGAAAGGCAUGCCAAUGCUCAAAUCCUUUAACUACAAUAAUUUAAACGAUAAGACGGCUGUUAAUGUGACGAGCUUACCGACAAAGACGCCAAAAAAACCAAAGAAGUAGUGCUCAUGUCAAAGUCAUUUUCCAUAAACAACAAAAGUUGAGAAGAGAAUGAAAGCAAUUCCAACUAACAAGACACAAUAUGAUAAUUUAUGAAUAAAAUAAAUUUUUAUUUUUAUGCAAGAA